GCCGGGCCGGAGGAGAAGUUUUUGCUGCGGCUGCUGAGUUAGGGUGCGGGCCCCCGCAAGCAGUGCACGCCCGCUGCCAUGGCUUUCCGUAGGAGGACGAAAAGUUACCCGCUCUUCAGCCAGGAGUUCGUCAUCCACAACCAUGCAGACAUCGGCUUCUGCUUGGUGCUCUGCGUCCUCAUCGGGCUUAUGUUUGAGGUCACAGCCAAGACUGCCUUCCUAUUUAUCUUACCUCAGUAUAACAUUAGUGUGCCUACAGCAGACAGCGAGACAGUCCACUACCACUAUGGCCCAAAGGACCUGGUCACCAUCUUGUUCUACAUCUUCAUCACCAUCAUCUUGCAUGCUGUGGUACAAGAGUACAUCUUAGACAAAAUCAGCAAACGGCUUCAUCUCUCCAAGGUCAAACACAGCAAGUUCAAUGAAUCUGGACAACUGGUCGUCUUUCAUCUCAGCUCGGUGGUAUGGUGCCUCUACGUGGUGGUAACGGAAGGAUACUUAACGAACCUGAGAAGCCUCUGGGAAGAUUACCCACAUGUGUACCUCUCCCCUCCUGUUGUUCCCAGUGACCUCUCCUUUCCCUUCUUCUGGAGGCAUGAUGUGUUGGCUCAUGACGGAGAAGAAAUCCCCCGCCAGCUGCAGUACAUUAGCCUGUACCUGCUUCACAUCGCUGGGGCAUACCUCUUAAACCUGAGCCGCCUGGGCCUCAUCUUGCUGCUGCUGCAGUACUCAACGGAGUUCCUCUUCCACAUGGCUCGACUCUUCUACUUCGCAGAUGAGAACAACGAGAGGCUGUUUAAUGCCUGGGCUGCUGUGUUUGGGGUCACACGCCUCUUCAUCCUCACUCUCGCUGUGUUGGCCAUUGGCUUUGGAUUGGCUCGGGUGGAAAACCAGGUGUUCGACCCUGAGAAAGGGAACUUUAACACCUUGCCUUGCAGGCUCGGCAUGCUGCUGCUGGUGUGUGUUGCCCAGGCCUGGCUCAUGUGGCGCUUCAUCCACUCGCAGCUGCGGCACUGGCGGGAAUACUGGAAGGAACAGAGCGCUAAGCGCAGAGUCCCAGCUGCCUCCAGGCUUCCAGCCAGGCCCAUCAAGAGGGAACCUGGUUACCAUGAAAACGGUGUGGUGAAAGCAGAGAAUGGAACCUCCCCACGGACUAAGAAACUCAAGUCUCCCUAAGGCCAAAGUGCUGAGAACGGGAUCCACUGGGUGAGGGCCCAGCGGGAGGUGAGAAGCACUGACUCCAGCUCAGCCUCUCCAUCCUCCUGGCCAUGCUCCAUCUCCAUCAGCAGAAACCUUGGCGUCACAGGGGGAGUAGCUCUCCACCUUCCUGGCUUUCUCUUCUUCCACAAACCAUUUUCAAUAAAGCCAAAAAUCUUCCUCUCUUGCUCCCUU